ACCAAUCCUUUCAAGCUGGUGAGGCAAGAAGAAGGUGAUCAUGGAUGCCAUAGCAAGAAGGUGGAGGCUUCUCAGCGGCCAGACCGAGUGGGAGGGUCUACUUUACCCUCUUGACAUUGAUCUCCGCCGCUAUAUCAUUCACUAUGGAGAAAGGGCUUCUGCCAUUGCCGACGCCUUCAUCGACGAGCCAAAAUCGAAGAACUCCGGACUUCCUCGAUAUGCAAAGAGAAACUUGUUCUCCAAGGUGGGUUUGGAGAGUUAUAGUCCAUACAAGUACGUUGUGAAGACAUACUUAUAUGCAGCGACAAAAUUAGUGCCCGGGAAAUCGAUCUGGUUGGGUUAUGUUGCAGUGACAACAGAUGAAGGGAAGCGUGUGUUGGGGAGGAGGGAUAUUCUGAUUUCAUGGAGAGGAACCAAGUUGGAGAAGGAGUUUGAUAUUGACAGAGAGACCACUUUGGUCCCAGCUUCUGACAUUCUGGGCAAGGACAAUGUCAAUGAGCCUAAGGUGCACUCCGGUUGGCUUAACUAUUAUACUAGUUGCAGAAACCAGGCUCUUGCUGCAGUCAAAGAACUGUUGAAGAAAUACAAAGGCGAGGAGAUCAGCAUAACUGUGACGGGCCAUAGUAUGGGUGCUGCAAUUGGAAUCCUAAACGCAACGGACAUUGCUUAUAAUGGAUACAAUAAGCUUAGCGACAAGCCAGGCAAGGCAUCUCUCGUCACGGCCAUUGUGUUUGCCUGCCCCGGCCUCGGAGACUCAGGCUUCAACAAAGUAUUCUCCAGUCUAAAAAAUCUUCACGUCCUUCGUGUCGCGAAUACUAAUGAUCUUGCCCCUAUUUUAUCAGCUGAAGGAAAAUAUGUCCAUGUCGGAAAGGAGUUGCGAUUCAACAGUCUUAUGUCGCCCUACCUCAAGGCUCUUUCGGAUUAUGAUGACUGGAUCGGCAUAGUAGAGAUGUUUCACGAUUUGGAGGUUUACUUGCAUGGAGUUGCCGGGACGCAAGGUGAAAAUGGUUUCAAAUUGGAAGUGGAUCGUGACAUUGCCCUGGUAAACAAAUUGUUGGAUGCCGUAAAAGAUGAGUACCGUAUUGUUGUUAAGUGGUGGAUAGAGAAGAACAAGUCCAUGGUUCAACAGGAUGAUGGCUCCUGGGUUUUAAUGGAUCACGAAAAAGAUGACGAUGCAUGAAAACCAUGUAGUUGAUCAACGUAAUUAUAUAUGCAUGACAAUGUCGCAUAAAUAAAGUUUGCCCCUGUCGUGGCCUUUUGUGUACUCUUUCUUUUACUAUCAAUGAAGUUCUAUAUA